CAUGGGGAUCGGAUUUUCCCGCUAGCCGAAUCGCGAAUUGCUGCUCCGGCAAAGAUUCGUGCCAGCGGCCUCAUUUGAGCUCACCCAAGCAACAACCUCAUCCACCAGCUCAGCCCAUCAUGAACUCCUUCCGCGUUGCCCGUGCGGCUCUCCGAGCUCGCCCCUCCGCUAUCCGAGUCCCUCUCCAGCGAAGAACCUACGCCGAGGCCGUCCCCGACAAGAUCAAGCUGAGCCUUGCCCUCCCUCACCAGUCUAUCUACAAGUCCCAGGAUGUCGUCCAGGUCAACAUCCCCGCCGAGUCUGGAGAGAUGGGUGUCCUCGCCAACCACGUUCCUUCCAUUGAGCAGCUGAAGCCUGGUCUGGUUGAGGUUGUCGAGGAGUCCGCUGGCUCCAAGCAGUUCUUCCUCUCUGGUGGAUUCGCUACCGUUCAGCCGAACUCCGUCCUCAGCAUCAACGCUGUUGAGGGAUACCCCCUUGAGGACUUCAGCGCCGAGGCCAUCCGAGCCCAGAUCGCUGAGGCCCAGAAGGUUGCCAACGGCAGCGGAAGCGAGCAGGAUAUUGCUGAGGCCAAGAUCGAGCUGGAGGUUCUCGAGACCCUGUCUGCGCACGUGAAAUAAGUGUACAGCGAGUUUGUUGUGACGGAGGCCCUUGUACAUCAAUAUUCUACCCAUAUUUAGCACGAAAAGCUGUGACAAUUGAUACCAGUUCUGGUUGUGCUCCUCCUAAAUUUCACCUUUAUUCCUCUGCUCAGUGACUCCUUCCUCAUUGACCCUCUAUCUUUCAGUGACGUUGAUAGGCAAUGAAUGCAAUGGUUGAC